GGUCGAUUCUGUUUGGAAAUAGUAAUAUAGUUAUAGGAAAGAUAUUGCUAUCACAGCAAAGUUUGAAAAACUGGUAUUCUAAUCAUUGAUUUUGAGCAAUAUGAUCUGUCAAUUUUUAGAAGAUCUUGUUAUUUCAGUUUGCUAUAUCAGCAACGUCAUUUUAGUACUUGCUAUUUCAUAACAAAGUUGAAAAUGGCACUGAAUCCCUUGUUUUUACAUUUCUUCCAAGUGUUAGAAUAUUUAGAAAAUAGAGAAAAUAUGAGACUACAAUUUCGAUAUAUAAGGGACACCAGUAAUCCAUUUGAAUUGCCUGAUGAAAAGUUUCUGAAACUGUUUCGCUUGAAUAAGGAAGCAACAUUUAGCUUGAUAGAAGAGUUGCGUGGAUUGGUUGAGGAACCGACCAGAAAAGAUACAGUUCCUUUUUACCUACAAGUGAGUGAAAAUCCAUUGAGAAAAAGUAUGAAGGAUUCUAUUUUUUUAGGUUUUCGCAAGUCUUAUCUUCUUCAGUAGUGGUAGCUACCAAACUAAUAUUGGUGAAGACCUAAAUAUUGGAAUAAGUCAGCCUGCUAUGAGUAGAGCAAUUAAUAGAAUCAGC